AUGGCGUCACAGCCUGUAAGAGGUCUCGUGAAAUUUAUCACGGAUCUUAAUGGCUGUCCAACAGGGCGUGAACGCGACUAUCGCGUGAAGGGGGAAUUGUCGAAGAUUCGUUCCCGUUUCGAUGAGCGCGGUUUGAGCGGUUACGAUAAGAAGAAGUGCAUCCUAAAGUUGCUUUACAUACACAUGCUGGGUUACGGAAUCGACCUCGGCUACGUGGAAUCUGUGCAGCUGAUGGCCUCGUCGUCAUUUCAAGAGAAGAUUGCGGGUUAUAUGGGCUGCGAGGUGUUAUUGGGGGACAUGGACGAUGUACGUCGUCUUGGUAUUAAUACCACGUUGGAUGACCUGCGCAGCCAAAGUGAACAUGUGCAGGCUCUUGCACUUAACCAUAUCGCCAACAGUUCGUGCUCGGAACUACGAGAGCAACUCUAUGAAGAAGUGAUUAGACGUUUGCUUGUAUCUCCCUUUGAAUCCAAUAUGCUGCGUAAGAAGCUGUAUAUGUGCGUUUUACAGUUUGUUCGUUUGGAUAAUACCUACUUUCCACUACACGACUGGAAGAGAAAGAUGUUCGACCUCCUUUCUCGGGAAACUGACUUUGGUUGCUUGAUGGCACUAGUAAAUUUGCUUAUGGAGUUUGUGAGAUUGAAGCGGGACAUGUGGGACCAUUGCAUGCCCCUGGUUAUCGAGGCGUUGAUGCGGCUCCUCUCUGGCAGUGUUGCUGCUGACAGCUACUACAACGUGACCUCUCCGUGGCUCUUACAGAAGCUUCUGAGCGUUCUGGCAUAUGUUGAGCCAAGUUCAGAUGCACGUUACCGGCAAACGUUGGUUCACGUGUUAGACCGCUUAGUAGAUCGAAUCACGUCACUACCAAUACCCGUAUCCAGCAUGCGUGCAACUGCAGAGGAGCAAGAUGAUAGAAUGGCAUGGAUGUUGCACAUGUCUAUUGCACUGGAGACCGUGCGUGCGAUUGUCAACUGGUUGCCUCACAUUCCUUCCUUCUCUGUGACACCUAUCAUGGAUUUCAUCCGCCACUUGCUGGCGUCUCGGUCGUCACACAUAUGCAUAAACGCCAUAGAGAUGUCUGAGAUUAUGCUGUGCAACGACGAUCUGGUUCAACUAUUGAAGGAACAAUUAUCUCUGUUUUUACGGCUACUUGGGUCCAACGAUCCGACCUUGAAGUGUCGUAUCGUUUCUAUGGUUUCUCGUCUAUGCGAUGAGAACAACUGGGCUCAGAUAUUGCCAGAGUUUUUGUCUGUCUUGAGGGUUUCCGAUGCGCGUACUCAGAACGUUCUGAUUCCUCAUCUGCUGGAUGCGUUGGGACGUAAUGUACCCCUUGGCCCUCUAUAUAUCGACUUUGUGUUCAAGAUUGUAAACUUUACACAUGUCUGUAGCGCCUUAGAGGACAUUCCUCGUGUGCUCUACGGUAAAUCUGAAGAAUUCGGCAAACUUGUUGCAUCAAAGUGCGUCGAGGUACUCUCCAAGUGCCCCGUGAACGACGCUAUGUUACGCAUUUGCUCCACCAUGAUUGGAGAAUAUGGUCAUUUGAUAGACAGUGUUUACCCACUGAGUAAGCAGUCUUCCCUUUUGGAGCGUUACUUUGUAUUGUGUUCCGAUUCAACAAAAGCCAUCGUUCUUUUUACCUUGGCCAAGUGCGCUGCUCGAGAUAGUUCGAUUUAUGCACGGGUUGAACGAUUUUUAGAAUCACAGGUUAUACACCACGACGCAUACGUACAAUCUACGGCAUGUGAGCUUUUGCGUCUUAUGAUUCUCGGCGCUCCAUUUUUCCAGAACAUCGUGAUUGGGAACCACGGCAAAUAUGGCGCCCCCAAUAUCCUUGCUCUAACCGACGGUGUUGGUUCGGGGUCUGCUGAUUCGUAUCUCUCGGAGUCGCCUUAUCGCAUCGGUGGUCGUGGUAACCAGUCUGUCUACUCCUCUGAUUUAUCGUCGUCGUCAUUCACUUCAUCGUAUGAGACCAUCUCCAGUGUCUGA